UCACCAGUGAGGAGGACACUCAGGUUCUGGGCACUGUGGGAUAUCGACUGGAUUUGGACAGACAACGCAGGACGUUUAAGUAUUAGAGUUCAACCUGCAUCCAGGGGAUCGUCCGCCUCAACAUUGCCUGUUUGCCUUCACCUUCACAGCAUGCAUAACCGAUCAUGGGUAAGUCUCGUCGUGGAAACAACACUCCGCAGCGUGUUCCUGGGAUCCGCUGUUUUCUUUGUGGUUCCUCUUGCGCUGGUUUGGAGACUGACCUUCGGAGUGGUGGGCAGCGCGAUGGACUGGGUGUCUGCUGUCAGGAUACCUCGACCUGUGAAGUUCUUCAGAGAGAAACAGAGGGCUGCAGUUGCUGCUGCAAGUGCGUCUACAACACUUGCGCUCGAACUCCUUCCCUCUUGGAGCGAAGGAGCGGGAGGCAAGCGCCAGGGGAAGCCUCGCGAGAACCAACAGGCUUGUCAACCCCGCCGGCAGACUAGCAGUGUUGCUCCUGCUUCCAGUACAGGAACCCUUGUUGAGAGAGCUGCCUCCGGCCGCAGAACCCACAGGCAAUCGCGUGCUUUGGCGUUUCUUCACUCCUUUAUGAUAGUCGUCCUGUGCUGCACAAUGCUCGUGGCAGCGCCCCUCCUCAUCGCCUUCGCCAGGGGCCUCCGGGUGUUUGGGAAAGCUCUGCGUCUUCCGAGGUCAUGUCUGCGGCUGGCUUCCAGGGCGGCGACGGGGGCAGUGCGGGCCGUUAUGAGUGCCACGACUGCGUCGCAGGAAGGUCUUGAGCCCCCCUCAGACGCCCCCCGACUAAAUCAGGGCACAGCCGAACCAGCCAAAACAGCUGGUCCCUCCCAGCAAGCCCCAAAGCCAAAAGGGGCGGCCCGAAAGGGGCCCGAGGCCGAGUCCGACUUGAUGGCGGUCGGGCCCCAAAAGGCGUUUCCCGAAAAUUUAAGGUCCCCUUAA